AUGGGAAGCUUGCGAACUCUUCGAAGACAAGUCUUGACAGGUGCCUGGUUGUGGUCGACGUCGCUGGCUGCGGCCACCCUGGACCCCAACCCGGCGGAAGCUCGGUUUAAAAUCGUCGGGCUCCCGUGCGAAUGCUGCGAGCGGGACUGGUGUGCAACGACAUGCAUCGAUCUCAAACAAGGGCAGGAGACCAAAUGCAACUGCCAUGAGUUCCUGAGCGACUAUCAGUCCUCCGAGCAGCUCGUCGUGUCAGGCGGCCUCUACAAGCUCCCUGCGGAUGCUGCCAGGGCUCGGCUCGACAGCAUCGAAGCGGGGCAGGGCGAGGAGGGCUGGGCAGACCACCUGUCCUGGAAAACGGCCAACUUGCUGAAGUGGAACCCAGAGGACGGGAAGAACCUCCAGAUAAAGCCCUCCUCAUUGGGUGAAACAGCGGGCGACGGUUUGUUUACAACUGUGCCGCUGCCCAAGUACACUGUGCUUCCCCCCUAUCAGGGCAAGCCUUUGAGUCUUGCGGAGUUCCGCAAGAUGAGAGGUACCAGCGAAAUGGACUACGUUUACUGUCCCCUUCGAGAAGAGGCGCUCUUCAACUUCACCGACGAACAGCUGCAGACUGCGGAACAAGCCGGGGCUGCCACGACCUUCUGCGUGGAUGGCCGCGUGGCGCUAGAGAAAAACCCGGUGCGUUUUGUCAAUGCAGCAAGGACCAAGGAGCAGUGCAAGAAGGUGAAUGUGCAGAUCUGCGAGUUCGGCGAUGUCGCAUACUUCAGGCAAGUGUUAGGCUACAGAUCACAGGGCGAGUGGCGUCACUUUAUGCGCUUGAGGACAACGAAGGAUGUGAAGAAGGGUUCAGAGCUGAUUACUGACUAUGGGAGUGCGUAUUGGGAGGACCAUUCGCGAUAUGCAAGACCGCCCCCUCGGAUUCUGCAACUGCUGCAGGACUUCGAAGGAUGCUAG